CCACAUCCUCUGCAGGGCAGUUAAAGUGCUUUUUCUCUUCUACGUCUAUCCUUUUCUUUUUCUCACCGUGACUUGUGUGUGUCUGUGUGUGUGUGUGUGUGGUGUAUGUGUGCAUCCGUUAUAUUUUUAUUUUUUAUUUUUUGCUCUCUCUUUUCAUCCUUCUCUCUUCCAAAUUGUCGUCCACUCGAUGCCAUCACCUUGAGGAGCUUCAAAAAACCGUGUGCUGUAUUACCGGUCUUAUUGGUCUACUUGUGUCUGGGUAUCGUGGUUUGGCCUUGUGUGUCAGGGGCACCGCACCGUCGAGGUCUAGUCUCAUCGGGUCCAACUAGGCUCUAGUAUGCAUCUUUGAACACCGACUUGGACAAGACAUCGAUUUGACCGGCACGAUCACCCAAAACACAUACAGAGCAUACACUCGAAACGCACAGACGCAAACGACGACGUAAAUGGCCUUCUCUUCCCAGUUCGCUUCUCCCAACGCGUCGUUCGCGUCAAUGGCAUCGCACGACACAUCGGUCAUGGAAGAACCAAAUUCUCCCGGUAGCAGCAACCAAGAGGCCUCAUUCACCGUCUCGCCGGAUUCUUCGAUGCAGGCCAAUGGGGAUGAACAUCAGCCACGGGCGGAAGAGAGGGAGCGGCAUCCCAAGGGACGAAGAAAGCGUACAAACGCCAAGGACAGAGCCGUUCUUGAAGACGCGUAUAACAAAAACUCGAAACCCGACAAGAAUGCGCGUCUAGACAUAGUAAAUCGCGUCUCGCUCAACGAGAAGGAAGUCCAGAUCUGGUUCCAAAACCGCCGUCAGAACGAUCGUAGACGAAGCCGACCCCUGUCCGACCAGGACCUUGCCGCGUAUAGGAAUGGAGGCAUCAAGAUAGUCUCGGCAGACGGACACGCCGGAAUUUCGUUCUCUCAGCACUGCGAACAGGCCGAACAUGACACGGCCCGAUCGCCGGCUCAAACUACUUCCACCACCCCGACGGGUUCCCCGGACCUGGGACCAUGGAUGCCAGGGAAAUAUCACCAGUUCACUAUGGAGGUUCCUGUCCCCGCAAAGACUCCAUCCCACCCUUCGGUUAGCAGAGCACCGGCGGACGCGUCACACCACUCGGCCUCGUCCAAGUCAUUCUCCGUUUCGCAAUCAGGAAGUUUUGUCUCAAACCAGAGAUGGUCCACGGGCGCGUCUUUCUCCACCCCUUCGUCCUUUAAGCGCCACACCGACGUUGGCGAUGAUUCGUUCAGGACCGACCCCUUCGCACCGUCAUCGUGCUCCUCAAUUGCUUCUGCCCCCAUGCUACCCCUUCCUCGCACACACUCCCGUUCCGAUUCGCGUUCCAACUCGGCGGUGCGCCUGUCAAUGUCGCUUGAUGGCAAGGCCACCCUUGUUUCGCCGUCUCCUGAACGUGCGAGCACUACGUACAAAUAUGACCCGCGGGUAGAGCCGAUUCCUAUUUCCAUUCCGUCGCUAAAACGUUCUAGCCUGAACCGCAGCCAAUCGGUCACAUUACCUCCAAUUUCCGUUCUUACAGGCUCUCUUCCUGGCCCGGGAUCACUGGAAGGCGCAUCACCCCUUCCUCCGCGGUUAACACGCGGCCGCUCCCGUGAUGUCCACGCGUGGGAGUUUGCUGCCGAUAACGGUUCGGACCGCGACGACGAACUAACGCAACAGGCCAAGGACGAAGCGAGCGGGUCCGCGACUGCAGCCAUCAGCCUUUUGCGCACCACGUCGGCCUCGGCUGGCUCCGUUCGCGCAUCCUCGCCGGUGCUUCAACCGAACGGAAGCAAGCGCAACGCCUCUGUGCGCCCACCUCUCGGUGCCAAUGGUUCUGGAAGUGCUAUGCAACCCUUUAAGCGGGCCAGGUUAGGCCGUGCGCAGAGCAGCGUUGCGAGACUUCAGUCUCCCAUUUCGCAGUUCAACGUCGGCAGGCUAAUCGACCACACCGACGCCACACACAGGCCAACUGGUGAGGACAGGGAGGGGGAUGAUGGCCCCGCCGUAAAGAAAAUGGAUGUAUCUUCCAUCCUCUCCAUCAACGGCAACGAGUCGGAUAAGGAAAAUUGGAGCCCCGAAGGCAAGGACGUUACGACAACCGUUCCGGCUGCCGCCGACCGCAUACUUCCACCGGUUACGUUCCCUUCCAUGUCGGCGUCACGGAAACCGCUGCCCGGCGGUGGCUUGUCCAACACGCGUCGUAACAUCUUUCUCAUGGAUGGCCGGCGCAGCCCUCUGAGCAACACACGUGCCUAUACUGCUCCUGGCGGGGUGCGCGCGGCACGGCGAGGUCAUAAGGCUGGAUCUAGCAUCGAGAUCUUUGAGGACCACGAGGAUGACCUCCGGGGCGAGGAGGAGGAGAUGGUCACAACAGAAGGCCGGAGGGCUGGCGGCGGCGGGCGGCGUGACGAUGAGAUCGCCAGGUUUAUGAGCGGCGAGGUUAGUCCUAGCAAAAAGCCGGACCUGGACUGCAUCACAGGCCUCUUGUCCCUGUCUAAGGGCAACUGGCGAUGAGUCUGAUGUGGGUUGACUGGACAGAAUUUAUGGGGUGUGUAUGAUUGCUCUCAGGGCCCGCCUUGUUUUUUUUUUGCUGUCUUGAGUCUCGGUGCCUCUUGUGUAAGCUUUUGCGCUUAGUGGGUUGGUUCGCAUAGCUCCUUGGAUGGCCGGAAUGUGGUUUUUAUGGUUGGAGUGGUCUAGAUUUUUGCAAAGUAUAGCUGGCGCAUGGCCAUAUGUAUUCUUGGAGUUCUAUGGGAAUGAUGGGAAGGUAGCAAGGUUUUCUGGGACGGAAAAGAGAAUGAAAACAAUGGCAUGAUAUGUAUCCUGGGCUGCCCCAACGACUCUGUUUUAUGCGAGACAUUAGGAGAGAUGUUUUAUUUUGUUUGGGCAUGUCGCGGCCGUUUCAUGUCUCUUUUUUCUUUCCUUCUUGAGAGCUACCGCGACAUGAUGUUUUGUUUACUAAUGGCUGCCAUCGGUCUUAAGUUCAAGGAGCGACCCGUAUCAAGUCAGUGACCCUCCCUGAAAUGAGGCCUUUUACUAAUUAAAUAUUGACGACAUAUGUAGAACUUGUUUUUCCUUCAUCAGGCGUGCAAGAAGCGUAGAAGCUCGGUGUUGAAUAGUUCAGGGUCCUGCAUGUGUCUGGGGAAACGAAAAGGGGCCACCCCCCCUUCCAGUCGUCAGCCAAAAGAAGGUUUUGCUUUUCUUUUUACCACUUACCACUACGCAAUCAGCAUUGCCCGAAGGGCAAAUGGACAAUCAUCACAAGGAAAAAAGG